AUGGGAGUGAACAGCUGCCCAGUCCUCUGCCCUUCCACCUCCACCCAGAGCUUCCUGCACAGGAUAAAACUCCUUCUGCUGGUCAUUCUGGUCACAGCAGGCGCUACUGCACACAGCAUCAGCCCUUGGGCUAUAUGGCAGUUCAAAAAUGUGAUCAAGUGCACCAUCACUGGGAGUGAUCCCCUGAAGGUGUGCAACAACUAUGUUCUCUUCUGUCUCCUAAGAGGCUCCAACACCUCAGUGGAGUAUUUUGACAGCUGCUGCAGGACUCACGACCAUGGCUAUGCUCAGGUCAAGAAGUUGGAAAGCUGCAAAUACCUCAUAGACAACACCUACACCAGCUCCUACUCAUACUCAUGUUCUGGAAAUGAGGUCACCUGCAGUGACAAAGACAAACUCUGUGAGUCAUUAAUUUGCAACUCUGACCACCAGGCUGCCAUGUGCUUUUCCAAGGCUCCAUACAACAAGCAGUAA